CACUCUCCCUCACAUUCUCUCUAUCACAGCCCCUCCUAUAGCUUAGGUUCAGUGCCACCCCUUCUGACAUUUCAUAGGAAUAAACAAACUUUGUGUUAACCGAAAAGGUUUAAAGGGAAAACUACAAAAUGGGAAGACACUCUUGCUGUUACAAGCAGAAGCUUAGAAAGGGUCUUUGGUCACCUGAGGAGGAUGAAAAACUUCUGAGGCAUAUUACCAAGUAUGGUCAUGGAUGUUGGAGUUCUGUGCCUAAGCAAGCAGGUUUGCAGAGGUGUGGUAAGAGCUGUAGGCUUAGGUGGAUCAAUUACUUAAGGCCUGAUUUAAAGAGAGGAACAUUCUCACAAGAAGAAGAGAACCUUAUCAUUGAACUUCAUGCAGUAUUAGGGAACAGAUGGUCUCAAAUUGCAGCACAAUUGCCGGGGAGGACUGACAAUGAAAUAAAGAAUCUAUGGAACUCUUGCUUGAAGAAGAAACUGAGGCAAAAGGGUAUAGACCCUGUGACACAUAAACCACUGUCCCAGGUUGAGAAUGGAGAGGACGAUGGUAGGAGCCAAGAGAAAGCACCACAAGUAUCCAAUGAACUGAACCUACUGAAAUCAGAGAGCUCCAAGUCAGAUGCAGCUUCCUAUGAGCAAAGAACAUCAUCAAUUUCCCCGAAAGCCCACGCACCCGAGAUGGAUGGUUCUGGUUCUUGCAGCUCCAAGAUUUAUAGCAAAUGUGACAGCAAUUUUAUGACCAAUUGUUACAGCAAAGACUUGUUCCUAGACAGGUUUAUGAGUAGCCGCCAGGAAAGCUACCAGCCCUCAGAUUUGAUGGGGAAUUUUCCCAUUCAGAUGAGUUAUGCCACCACUGAGUCUCUUCCAAAUGAUUCAAACUCUAGUAAUUGGUUCAGCCAAACUGGAAGGCCUUUUGAUAUGAACUCAGAAUUUCCUUUCAAUGCCACUUCUGUUCUUACCCCUACAACCAACAUGUUUCUUCCUAAUUCUUUUUGCUACAAACCUUCACUUGCUGUUCCCUCUGACAAUGUUUCCACAGCCUAUGGAUCCCAUUAUUGGGAAGCCAGUGCCUCCAUCAAUAGCAAUAGCAGCAAUAGGAGUAAUAGCAGCACAGAGUUGAGAAGUAGCAGCCCCAUGAACGUACAGAACAGUAUCCUCUCUUCUUGGGGGUUGGCAGAUUGUAACACCUCUACUAAAGAGGCCCAAAUUCAUAUGAUGGAAAACCAUACAGAAGAAGCUAAGUGGGAUGAGUACCUUCACAUUCACAAUCCAAUCUCAAUGCUGGCUUCUGUACAAAACCAAGCCCCUGAAUCUUUAUGCAAUGAGGUAAAGCCAUCCAUGCAUUUGGUAUCUGACACUUUAGGGGCUAUAUUACCUCAUACCAAACAGCAAGAACUGUCACAAACUUCUAGUAUCUUUUCUAAGGACAUCCAUAAGCUCAGGGCAGCUUUUGGACACAUGUAGAAGGGUUGGAGAAAAACAAAAUAUUUUAGAGGAGUUCCAAUUCAAGGGAUUGUUGCUAUUCUUAGUACAGGUGUGUGAAACAACAGAUUUUGGUCUUGUACAUAGGUCUGAUACAAA